AAUACGCACCCCUUACAAUUAAGAUAAUUUUACCAACUCGAGGAGCAAUUGAAUGUGAAUUGGAUUUAUAAAAAAUUUGGUGUCUUUUAUAACUCAUUAAUUUGUAAAAAAAAAAUGGAAAAACACGAAGUUGUUCCGGACGUUAUUGAUGUAACACCAACUGAAAUCGCUGAAGUGAAAUAUCCCAGUGGGGUAACUGUUGAUCAAGGUAACGAGUUAACUCCAACUCAAGUUAAAGAUAUCCCAGAAGUUAAAUGGAAUGCAGAGUCCGAUUCGUUAUAUACAGUUUGUAUGACAGAUCCAGAUGCCCCUAGCCGUGCAAGUCCUAAAUUUCGUGAAUGGCACCAUUGGCUUGUUGGAAAUGUACCUGGCGGUGAUAUCUCAAAAGGUGAAGUUUUAUCUGCUUAUGUUGGUUCCGGUCCUCCACAAGGAACAGGUCUACAUCGUUAUGUCUUUCUUGUUUACAAGCAAACCGGAAAAUUGGAAUUUGAUGAAAAACGUUUACCAAACAAUAGUGGUGAUGGAAGGGGCUGUUUUUCUAUUAAAAAAUUUGCAGAAAAAUAUAAACUGGGAAAUCCGGUUGCUGGAAACUUUUAUCAAGCCCAAUGGGAUGAUUAUGUUCCAUUGUUAUAUAAGCAAUUAGGCUGUUAAGUGGAAAAAAUGUUGAGUGAAUUUCAAAAUUUCAAAUAAAAUUUGAAAUUAAAACGUUUUUAAUUUUGCAUAUCUACUGAAGUACGUAAUAAUGAAAAUAUAUAUGUAAUACCUGA